CUACGCCUCGAGCUUAAUCCUGCGUUCCUCCCUGGAAAAACCCACAAAAUAUCACAAUAAACAUGAAAAAUCAUAAGUUUUGAAUACUUUUCCACUUCUCCUCCAAUCCUGCAAAGUUUGCAGAGGAAACACGCACCACAAUGUGUUAAGGGUAUAAAUGUACGCGUAGAAGAAUGCCGGCUGGCGGAGGCGGCGUUGGCGGGCCUCAAUGCAGCUGACGCGUCCGCGCUUCUGGCUGCUCGGCGUGCUGGCGGCGCUCUAUCUCGCCGGGGUGCUGUUCCUCUCGGCGCUGACGCUGCAUGAACCUGCGUUCCGCCUCACUACCGGCGGUGUGGGCAUCACUGGCACGCCAGGGGCGGCGAGGCAUCAUGAGGGUCCGAAAAUCGGCCGUGGGCUGGAGCAGAAAAUACUCAUGUACAAUCGGCUGCCGUUUGAUCAGACGGUGAAUAAACGCGUGGGCGGCGGGGCAUUCCGCAGGAAUCGCAUUCAAUGGUGUUCGGAAUUGAAGUAUAUGCAACCACCGAGUGAGGAGUCGGUGGCGUUGGCGUCGUUUCCGGGCAGUGGCAACACGUGGUUGAGGUAUUUACUGCAACAAGCCACAGGUGUUCUAACCGGUAGCGUUUACAAAGAUUACGGUUUGAUGAAAAAUGGUUUUCCGGCUGAGAGUGUCUCCAAUGGCUCUGUAUUGGUGGUAAAAACACACGAAUGGGGCCCGAUUGCACGCCGGCCGUUCAAGAAAGCUGUUUUGCUUGUACGCGCGCCAUCUGCUGCCAUUCAAGCGGAAUUCAAUCGGCAAUCCGGCGGCCAUGUUGGUUUUGCGUCGCCGGAUAGGUAUAGACGCACCAAGGGUAAAUAUUGGCAGCAAUUCGUGACGAAUAAACUCGCCGCAUGGAAGAAAACCAACAUGGAUUGGUUGAAGAACUUCAGCGGGCCGACGCACGUCAUCUUCUACGAACAGCUGGUGGAAGACCCAGAACACACUCUACGGACUAUUUUAGAUUUCCUUGAAUUCCCCAUUGAUAAGAAGCAGUUUGAGUGCGCCAUAUCACGUCAGGAAGGUAUUUAUCGUCGGAAGAAACGCGUGCUGAAUUUCGAUCCGUACAACAACGAGAUGAAGCGCAAGAUGAAGCUGGAGCAGGAAGUUGUAUACGACGCCAUUUAUAAAAUCGCUUCGCCAAGCAGAUGAUGGCCGGCCUAAGCGGCGGAGAAUCUUUUUUCUCUCACACACGCAACGUAUCACAUCCACCCCAUCCAUUGAUAUCAUUACAAAAUGCCCCAAUGUCUUCCCAACGAGGUAAUUUUGCGUUUUGAACCAAAUAUUCAUGGCCUAAUUUACAUUUUGCUGAAGUAUUAUUAAGAAUCUCAACAUGUGCAAUAUUUUCAUGCGUUAACGGCUCAGUUUUGAGGUUAUGUUGAAGUUUUACGGGUAUUUUGAUGCUGUAAUGUAAGCGAAUGGAAGCAAAGUUCCUUUUCUCUUCUAGUCAGAAACAAGUGGAACGAGUCUAGUCAUAAUUUUAGUUUAGCCAAUUUUAGACACGAAUUGUUUUAGGGAUAAUUUUAGAACAAUGCGCGCUUGUUUAUGUACUGCAUAGUUGAUGGUUAAAGUUUUGUGGCGAAAUUUAAGCGGAAAAACCACCACACAUUCUCCAGGACCAAUUUAUAUCCAUAUAAUAGACGUAAAAAUGAUCUAAAUGCCCUAAAUAACCAAAUAUUUUAAACGUAAACAAAAGCAGUAAAGUAAAAGUAAAAUUAUAUGUGGACACAUGAACAUGAACAAUAUUCGCUGUUGAAACUAUGUAAUCGACGUUGUUUCGUACUUAUACACACUGAUAAUGAUAACGGAUGGCUAAUAAAUACAAUUUGUAGGUA